AUGGAGCUUCUCCAGCCAGUGAGGUAUAUUCCUGGGUCAACUAAAGCUGAAUAUUGUGGCCCAAAGCCUCUUUCGGAGCGCAAAGCAGAAAGGCAUGACAGAGUCGUUGUGGCGUAUUCCAAGAUAUAUGGCGUUGCGAAGAUGAUAGCUGAAAUUCUGGGCGCCUUUGGAGCAGAGCUUGACAAUACGCCGACGGAUAUCAAAUUCCACAUUGCUCGAGUUGAAACAGAGUUAACGCAAGCAUCACCUUCCAAACUACUCUCAGCAACGGAAGACUUGUUCUAUAUCUUACUUGCAAGAAUAAAGAAUGAAAUACAACGGAUGGAAAUCAACGAGAGCUUCAAGUUCAAUUUUCGCCAUCAGAAAAUCAACCCUAGGUUCCUUGAAAGGAGGGGCCUGCCAGAGCGCUGGCAUCUGAAACUGAUAUUCGAUGCAUGUAGACGACUGUUACUAUCAGAAGAAGUGUGUGGGGUCCUCAACACGGAACUCAUUCGACAGCAGCAGGAGGAAUAUAUGGAUCAGACCAUGCAAAUGGGCGAGGCGGCAGGUUACUUCGAAGAUGAUCCGAUAGGCUACCGUCGAUAUAUUCAGAGCCUUAUCACAGAUCCAAACUCGCCAUACCGAAUCCAAUGGAGUGGGCUUAACCCUGUCUAUGAUGCUGCCCCAGCGAUGAUAUUCGCAACCGUGAAUGAAAAGUAUCUGGAUAUUCUAGCACGAGAGAAGAAGCAAGGCAAAAGCUCCUCUCCCAAGGUUCGAUCCCCUCCACCAGCAUGGAAGUCAAAUCCAAUCCACAAGGAAGAACGACGGAUACAAGCAAACAGGGAUGCAGCAUGCGCCAUGCUUCAUGGUAUAACAGUCGGCGAAUUCCGACGCCGGGAAGGUCAAGAAAAAGGUAUCGGUGUACUCCAGAUGAUGCACUACUUGAAUAGGGGGCUGGAAUACUUUCACGAAGAGAUCACACUCUUCCGCGACAGCUAUUGGAAAGCAGCUACUCAAGACAACUGCCUCUUCGACUUCACAAGUGAGUUUCAGUACCGACAACGAAUCAGUGAAGAUGCAUUCCGGCGACAGGAUUGA